CUCUUUUUUUGUGAGGCUGAUUUCACCCAUUUUUCCCUUUUUAUCCCAGUGAGGCAACAACCAAUCCCCCCCUCCAAAAAAAAAAAAAAAAAAAACAAGAAGCGAAUAAAAAACAUCAAUCACCCUUUUUCCUUCUCUUUGACCACCGCUACCGUAACUCCUCACAACAGCAGAGUGCGCGCUCGACAUGGUGAGUGCGUUGCUCUUCAAUCGGAACCCGGCGUGUUGGGGUUGCGGCCAGAAACCCCCAUCGUUAGCAGGCGCCAGGAGAGCUCCGAACGGGGGUGUCCUAUACUUUGUUUGUCCUUCAUGCGGCAAUCCGAAUCAUUUUGACGAGCGCGGUGAGAUCAGAGAUUUUGUCCCGAGCACGCCCGAGGGCCAAGCACCACGAUUCGCCCGGAAACGGCACUCUCCUACGUCGAAAGUCGCCCAUGAAACACCUCCCGCGUCGCCAAUCUUCUGUCGCAAUUGUCUGAACAACCAGAAGAUCGUGUCCACGCGAAUUGGUGAUUAUGAGUUACCUCCAGACAGCCACCCCGAUCUCGACUACCACAUCAACGUGCUCUUUCCGCGGUUCCAGAAAGAGCUGGAAGAGCGGUUUCCUUUGGUUUGCGCUGACUGCGCGCCAAGGGCUAAUGAGCAGAUCCGUUCGAAGAACUAUAAAGUCAAGGUGGAGAGUUUGCGACAGAUGCUUGCUAAGAGUGGGGAUCCAUCUCGGACAAGGGAGGAGAAGGCGAACUCUUGGGGGUUGUUCGAGAGGCUUGUUUGGGUGUUGAGGGGCGGCGUGUGGUGCUAUUCUCAUUUCAUCGUGGCAGCAUGGGCGGGGAUGGCAAUGCUAUUCCCGGACAGAGCGGCGGGAACGGUGUUGGCGGAUGGUGAGGGAACCUGGGUUAGUUGUAUCUCGCACAGCUUGGAGGGUUCAAGGUUUGUUCCGGAUUGCUAUGAGGUUGCCUCGAGGCAAGCACUCAAGUUUUUGCCUUGGAGUAUUUUUGGAUUCUUUUGGGUCUACUGGGAAAGCUCGCUGCAGAAGUAUCCCGAAAAGAAACUGGUUGGCGCGAAUGAGUACCUUUGGAUGGAAAUAGGGGUCUGGGCGUUCAGAAUGACAUGUUGGGCGGCCUUUGCAUAUUCAAAACUGACGUUCUCGGAAGAUGUGAUGUUGAGGGUAUAUCUGGGGAUCUUUUUCUUCUCCAUUAUGGUAGGCUCUCUCUCAUGUUUGAAGUUGGAAAACCCUCCAUCAUUCUCGCUGCGUGAACCGAUGCCUAUUUCUGCGACUCCAUCACCUCCAUCGUCACCUCCGCAAGAGGUGAUGAAAAGUAGUUGCCAGCCAAGACCACCGAGCUACCAGUCCAUUCAAGCAAGCCCUACGACUCCGCGCCUUCCAUUCAAGAAGUUAGUACCACCUACAACCGGGGCAAGUACCGUAUAUUCGCCACAGACCGACUUUCGGUCCACCUUCACAAUGCGAGACCGUUCAGUUUCGCCGUCGCCUUCCCCCUCUCUUAACAAAAAGAAAGGAUCCUGGUCUCCUGACGCAAUGGACUGGAACCCGACCGACAGAAAAGAUGCCCUGUGGGAGAAACCAAUCCCUCAACCAUCUUUUGCCCCCUCCUUCAACCAACAAUCAUCUCAAUCCCGGCCACAGGAACAACAAUAUAGGUCACCAUUCACUGGCACACUCCCGCCAGCACCAAAACCCCCAAGCCACAAAUACGUCAAUUCCCUCAUGCACCCAGUUCCGGCAAAGCCCAUAAGGUCACAGCCCGAAAAGGAGCAAUUUUUCCUCCCCCGCCAAACCGGACUAUCUCCUGAAUUCGCCAAACUCUCCGACCCAACCUCUGCCCCUGGAAGCAGUUAUCCUCCCCUAGCAAACCAAAAGCUCUUUAUGGAGGAUGAGCAAACCGGCCUGGAAGGCCUUUUCGGCCCCGGCCUGAAACUUGAUGACGAACCGGACAUCCCGAUCCACCCCCGGCCAUAUCUGGGAUGGGCCGGUGUCCUCUGGCGUGUAGGCUUGCUAGUCGCGUGUCUAGUCGUGGUAACAAAACUCCAGGACACUACCAAUGUCCCCACCGUCGCGUCCCUAAUCUCCGCGGGCUGCAUCGCCCAGCGUAGUGGGGCAGAUUGGGGCCUUGGCCAGACGGUCCUCGCCUGCGCCGGUGUACUCCUGUCGAUCGCGGCGGUCCUCCUGCCAAGCGACCAGUUACUCAAGCGUGCCCUGCUUGCUUUUGUUGUCCUCGCGCUCAGUAGUGAGUUCUGGGGUGUGCUGGUCCUCUUGCAGAAGGAGCGCGCCAGGAAGUUUUAUGCGUGCGAGAGGAGGAAGAAGUUGGAGGUUGAGGAACGGAUUAGGAGGGGGAGGAGGGGUUUGAAUUCUUUUGCGAGUAUGUCGUUGUAAAAUGGUGUUUUCUCUUACUUUUCAUUUUAAAUUUCUACUGUUCUAUUCGGCUACUUUUGUUUGUUAUGCUUUGUCUGUUUGGUGUUUGGUAUUGGAUGUCUUUUUUUACCGAUAUUUUAUAGCAUGGAAAAGGGUGAAGGAAGGCAGUGGGGGCGGGAUUACCAUACGAGUGCGGUUUUUGAAUUUGGUGGUGACUGGUCAAUGGAGGAGUAAGCUUUUUUGUCAACCCUUUUUUCUUUUUCACGCCUGGUGGAAGGGGAUUGUGCAAAUAAUUGGGGGGAUUUAUAGUGGCGGCUCAUUCGUAGCCCUAUUCUGUGCAUUCCAGUGAGUGCUUCGGGAAUGAAGUGAAAUGAAGUUGAA